AUGCUGCCAGACGGUGUGCCUUCGUGGACUCUUUCUUCAAGAACCAGACAGGUGAAGGAAGCCCGGAUACCAAAAAGCCAUCAGUGGCUGAAGCCGGAAAGACACACCAAGGAGCAGAUCUUGGAGGCUGUGAUCCUGGAGCAGUUCCUGGCCGUUCUGCCGCCGGAAAUUCAGGGCUGCGUCCGGGAACGAGGGCCAGAGACCUGCGCCCAGGCUGUGGCCUUAGCAGAGGGUUUCCUUCUGAGGCAGCAGGAAGCUGAGAGGCCACGGCAGCUGAUCCUGGAUUCCUUUGAAGAAGUAAGAAUGAAUUUUCCAAGGGCCCAGCAGGUCUGCCUGAGUGCUUCUCGGAAGCAAGGAGCAGGCAGGCUGGCCAAUGACCAGGAAAGGCAAGUUUCGGCUCAGCAGGAGUAUCUGGAGCGAGAGGCUUUUGGGACGUCCCUCCCGAAACCCCGGGAGAACCUCCCUCCGCACGAGCCAGGCAAAGCCUCAGAGAACCAGCCCCGCGCAGCAGAACGGCACCAGGGGCUCCACCCGCCGAAGAGAGCGUCCGAACCGGUCCCUUGCCGUAGGGACUACAAAGACUUGGGCGAGAUCCUUUUCGAAGAGAGGAUGCAGGAGAGCCAGCGGCAGAAGCGGUGCGUCGUCCUGCGCCGGCGGAUCCACACCGAGGAGCGGCUGUACAAGUGCCAGGACUGCCGGAAGAGCUUCGACCACCGCUCGCACUUCAUCCGGCACAAGAAGAUCCACACGGGGGAGAAGCCCUUCCAGUGCUCGGACUGCGGGAAGAGCUUCAACCGCAACUCCAACCUGACCACCCACAUGAGGACCCACACGGGGGAGAAGCCCUACACGUGCGCGGACUGCGGAAAGAGCUUCCGCUGGAGCUCAGACUUCAUCGUCCACGAGCGGACGCACACGGGGGAGAAGCCCUACAGCUGCGCCGACUGCGGCAAGGCCUUCCGGCGCAGCUCUAACCUCACCGCCCAUGAGCGCACCCACCGGGGAGAAAAACCCUAUAAGUGCUUGGAUUGUGGGAAGAGCUUCACCCGGGGCCUGUACUUGAUUGCACACAAGAAGACCCACACGGGCGAAUGAGUGGGGUUUUCCGGAGGGGGCGCUGUACGAGUCCUCUUAUGGGUUCCUUUCAGGGAGGGAGUCAGUGGCUUCCAGACCAUUUCUGUUUGGUGGCGGGAGGCAGCCAUUGUGGGCAGGAUCUGCCUACCUUCCACACAACUCAUGGGCUUCCCAGCUUCAUUUGACCAACCCUAAUGGGGAGGCUGGUUGCAAGACAAAGAAAGCGUUGGGCCUGCUCCAGGAGAGCACUAAUCACAUCCACCUGAGUUUGGUCAAAUUCCUUUUUUUUUGGGGGGGGGGCUGCCUCCCAGAAUCACCCAGCCAGCCUGGCUAAAGGCAGGAGCAGUGGUCCCCAAAAAGUCAAGUUCCUGGAUAUUCACCUUAGCGCCGUCCGUGGUAGUUCACGAAAUAAAACCACGUCACAUUUUAGCAACUGGUCAAGGUGGUCGAGAGGUAAAAUAUAGAACCUCCGUGGUCAAAGGCAAUAUAUCUGCGAAUACCAAAAGGGAGGGCCCCCAAGCCAGAGAAGGAAGUCCCUGUUCAACUAAGGAAUGAGUUAUUGUGAUGAAUUAGCCUUAGCCACCAGAAAAGAAAUGGCAGGCCUUCAUUUCUCAAAACACCUCAUGGCUGGUUGAGGCAGUGAGUUCUGGGACACGGAACUACAGUAGAGACCCAUGUUUGAUCUGCUCCACCUUUUUAAUAAUCACCUUUUGAACUGCAGAACUGGAAGGUCAAAAAGGGUCCCAGUGGGGGAAUUGAACUCCCAAACUCUGGCUUCCGAGCCAGAGACCUAAACCACUGAGUUCUCCAGCAGUUUUUAUGCUCUCCCUACCCCCAAAACCCCCUAAGUAUUUCAAUAUAUACAUUAUAUAUAAAUAUAAAAUGGAGAUUACCGGGGGGGGGAGAGAAUUACAGGGGAUGGUACUUUUUCCCCCUUCCCUUCCUCCACCUCCUGCUUGGCAGCUGUUUUUCCUCCCACCUGUGAAAUAGGUCUAAAAGGCAAAUAGUCUGGGCAAGACCUCCCCUUUUUAGGGGCGCACUUUCCAAACUUGAUUUCUGACGGCACACUGCAGAAAUCUGAAUUUUUAGAUUAUAACCCCCCAUUGUGUCCUUCUGAAAUAGUUCCACUUGUAUUUAAACCGAUGUAGAUGAUAUUUAUAUACUGUAUUUUCCAACCAUUGUCCUUUGGCCGUUUGAUUUCCUCUCCUGGCUGUCCCUCACAAGAUCCUCUUCCCUCCCGCAGGCUGUGGCCUCCCGACAUAAGCUCUUCUAAUAAAGAACCUCUUCUGUGGCGAUGUCUGUAUACUUGAAAAUGAAGACUAAAUGUAUCUUCUGCCCUGUCUUUUAAUAAUAAUAAUAAUUCAAGAUUAAACC